AUGGGAAGCUUCCUAGAUGCAUUCGGGGACGGCGUCUCCGUCCACGACGGCGGCAUCAGCCGGCCCAAGCGUCACCGCUCCCGCUCGCGCGUGUCCCACCGUCACCACAAGACCUCCACCACCAAGCGAUCGCGUUCCCGCUCAUCCUCUCGCGGCCGCAAGCGUGGUCUGACCUCGUCGACGUCCGGCCUGGGCGCCGGCCUGUCCUACCUCCUCGAGGACGACAAGGACAGCCACAAGCGGUACUCGAAGCACAACGCUUCCCGCGGGUCCCUCCUCGAUACCUUCGGCCUCGGGAGCAGCGCGGGCGGAGGGCACCAGCACAACGACGGCGGCAACCACAAGCGCUACUCCAAGCACAGCAACGCCUCCCGCGGCUCCUUGCUGGACACGAUCGGCCAGGGCCUCGGGUUCGGGGCCGGCGGUGACGACUCGAACCGGCUGGGCCACCACCACAACCAGAGCCGGUCGAGUUUCUUCGGACUUGGCUCGUCCCGGCCGUCGUACUAUAAGCGGUCGUCGCGCCAGGGCUACGUUCACCGCGCGUACAAGCGCCUCAAGAAGCUGCUGCGUGACCUGGCCCGCUGGGCCAAGCGCCACCCCUGGAAGGUCUUCUUCAUGGUCAUCAUGCCGCUCGUCACCGGCGGCGCCCUGACCGCCCUGCUCGCCCGCUUCGGCCUGCGCGUGCCCCGCUCCCUCGAGCGCCUCAUCGGCGCCGCCUCAAAGGUCUACAUGGGCAACCCGUCCGGCGCCUUCGGUGACGCCGUCCGCAUCGCCGGCGAUUUCUCCGGCUCGGGAGGGGGGGCAUCCAGCAGCCGCCCCUCCGCCGCCGCCGCCGCCGCCGCCGCCCGCCCAGCCGCGGGGAGCAUCGGGGGCUCGCUCCGCCGCGAGUACUACAACCCGCCGCCCGUCUCGGGCGCCUACGGCUCCGGCCCGGGCGGCUACGGGUACAGGAGCGCCUCGCCCAUGUACUACAACGACCUCGCCUACGGGCAGUCGCGCGAUACAUACUCCGGUGGCGGCGGUGGAUCCGGUGCCUGGGAGACGGCCGCCAAUGGCAUUGCCAAGUUGUUCAUCUAG